AUGCGGCUCUCAAGCAUACUGUUCGCCGCUGGCACGGCCACACUAGCUCUUGCGGCACCUUCAAGCAAGAAGCGUGCAAGCGGCAUCCAAUUCUGGGGCGUGAACGAGUCGGGCGCUGAGGUUGGUUUCGAGGAACAAAAUAUCAUACUCAGUUCAACUGCUGAUGCUCUACGCUAGUUCGGCAGCAGCAACAUCCCAGGAACUUACGGCACUGACUAUACUUGGUAUAAUCUGAGCACCAUCGACACAUUCACUGCCAGAGGCAUGAACGCUUUCCGUGUCAACUUUCUCAUGGAAAGGCUGGCUCAAAACACCAUGACUUCGACUCUGAAUGCAGGUUACUUGGCCAACCUGACCAAGACGGUAAACCAAAGAAGCACCGGUCGCUAGAAGGGUGCUUGGCUGACAAUGGCAGGUCAACUACAUCACCGGAAAGGGCGCUUAUGCUUUGAUCGUCCCGCAUAACUAUGGCAGAUACAACAAUCAAAUCAUCACGAGCACGAGCGACUUUGAAACGUUUUGGAAGAAUGUGGCCACCCAGUUCAAGGGUAACUCAAAGGUCAUGUUUGAUACCAACAACGAGGUGAGCAAACUGUGGAGCCCCUUGUUUGUCAGGCUGAUGCUGAUUCUUGAUAUCCAGUAUCACGACAUGUCUAGCACCCUCGUAGCUCAGCUCAACCAAGCAGCCAUCAACGGCAUCCGCUCCGCUGGCGCCACCUCUCAAUACAUCACCGUCGAAGGCAACGCCUACACCGGCGCGUGGACAUGGACCACCACGGAGGGCACCGAUGGCAAGACAAAUGCCGAUGCAAUGGGCAAUCUCACCGAUUCCUCCAACAAGCUCAUCUACCAGAUGCACCAGUACCUCGACUCCGAUGGCAGUGGCACUUCCGCAACCUGCGUCAGCAAGACAGUCGGAUCAGAAAGAUUGAAAGCUGCCACGACGUGGUUGAAGAACAACGGCAAGAAGGGAUUGGUGGGAGAGCUCGCGGGCGGUGUGAAUGACGUCUGCGAAGCUGCGGUCUUGGACAUGUUGACUUACCUCGCCGACAAUUCCGAUGUGUGGACCGGAUGGCUUUGGUGGGCGGCUGGACCUUGGUGGGCUGAUUACAUCUACUCGGUGGAACCGGCUAAUGGUCCUGCCUUCUCGACUUAUGUGCCCGUCAUGGCUAGAUGUGCGGGUCAUUAA